GCAGCCGGGUGCGCAGUUAGACCUAAGUCGCCUCUUGCUUGUUUGAAUUUGUUGCUGUCUGCUAGGGCCCACUCGAGCUCCGCCAGAAAAUGCAGAUCUUUGUGAAGACUUUGACCGGGAAAACCAUCACCCUAGAGGUGGAGCCCAGCGACACCAUUGAGAAUGUCAAGGCCAAGAUCCAGGACAAGGAAGGCAUUCCUCCCGACCAGCAGAGGCUGAUCUUUGCUGGCAAACAGCUGGAAGAUGGCCGCACUCUCUCAGAUUACAACAUCCAGAAGGAGUCCACCCUCCAUCUUGUCCUGCGUCUGAGGGGCGGCAUGCAGAUCUUUGUAAAGACCUUGACCGGGAAAACCAUCACCCUGGAGGUGGAGCCCAGUGACACCAUUGAGAAUGUCAAGGCCAAGAUCCAGGACAAGGAAGGCAUUCCUCCCGACCAGCAGAGGCUGAUCUUUGCUGGCAAACAGCUGGAAGAUGGCCGCACCCUCUCCGACUACAACAUCCAGAAGGAGUCCACCCUCCAUCUUGUCCUGCGUCUGAGGGGUGGGAUGCAGAUCUUUGUGAAGACCUUGACCGGGAAAACCAUCACCCUAGAGGUGGAACCCAGUGACACCAUUGAGAACGUCAAGGCCAAGAUCCAGGACAAGGAAGGCAUUCCUCCCGAUCAACAGAGGCUGAUCUUUGCCGGCAAACAGCUGGAAGAUGGCCGCACACUCUCCGACUACAACAUCCAGAAGGAGUCCACCCUCCAUCUUGUCCUGCGUCUGAGAGGUGGGAUGCAGAUCUUUGUGAAGACCUUGACUGGCAAAACCAUAACUCUUGAGGUGGAACCCAGUGACACCAUUGAGAAUGUCAAGGCCAAGAUCCAGGACAAGGAAGGCAUUCCUCCCGACCAGCAGAGGCUGAUCUUUGCUGGCAAACAGCUGGAAGAUGGCCGCACACUCUCAGACUACAACAUCCAGAAGGAGUCCACCCUCCAUCUUGUCCUGCGUCUGAGGGGCGGCAUGCAGAUCUUUGUAAAGACCUUGACCGGGAAAACCAUCACCCUAGAGGUGGAGCCCAGUGACACCAUUGAAAACGUCAAGGCCAAGAUCCAGGACAAGGAAGGCAUUCCUCCUGACCAGCAGAGGCUGAUCUUUGCCGGCAAACAGCUGGAAGAUGGCCGCACCCUCUCCGACUACAACAUCCAGAAGGAGUCCACCCUCCAUCUUGUCCUGCGUCUGAGGGGUGGGAUGCAGAUCUUUGUAAAGACCUUGACCGGGAAAACCAUCACCUUGGAGGUGGAGCCCAGUGACACCAUUGAGAACGUCAAGGCCAAGAUCCAGGACAAGGAAGGCAUUCCUCCCGACCAGCAGAGGCUGAUCUUUGCUGGCAAACAGCUGGAAGAUGGCCGCACACUCUCCGACUACAACAUCCAGAAGGAGUCCACCCUCCAUCUUGUCCUGCGUCUGAGAGGUGGGAUGCAGAUCUUUGUGAAGACCUUGACCGGGAAAACCAUCACCCUGGAGGUGGAACCCAGUGACACCAUUGAGAAUGUCAAGGCCAAGAUCCAGGACAAGGAAGGCAUUCCUCCUGACCAGCAGAGGCUGAUCUUUGCCGGCAAACAGCUGGAAGAUGGCCGCACGCUCUCCGACUACAACAUCCAGAAGGAGUCCACCCUCCACCUGGUCCUGCGUCUGAGGGGUGGGAUGCAGAUCUUUGUAAAGACCUUGACCGGGAAAACCAUCACCCUGGAGGUGGAACCCAGUGACACCAUUGAGAACGUCAAGGCCAAGAUCCAGGACAAGGAAGGCAUUCCUCCCGAUCAACAGAGGCUGAUCUUUGCUGGCAAACAGCUGGAAGAUGGCCGCACACUCUCCGACUACAACAUCCAGAAGGAGUCCACUCUCCACCUGGUCCUGCGUCUGAGAGGUGGGAUGCAGAUCUUUGUGAAGACCUUGACCGGGAAAACCAUCACCCUGGAGGUGGAACCCAGUGACACCAUUGAGAACGUCAAGGCCAAGAUCCAGGACAAGGAAGGCAUUCCUCCCGACCAGCAGAGGCUGAUCUUUGCUGGCAAACAGCUGGAAGAUGGCCGCACACUCUCCGACUACAACAUCCAGAAGGAGUCCACUCUCCACCUGGUCCUGCGUCUGAGAGGUGGGAUGCAGAUCUUUGUGAAGACCUUGACUGGCAAAACCAUAACUCUUGAGGUGGAACCCAGUGACACCAUUGAGAACGUCAAGGCCAAGAUCCAGGACAAGGAAGGCAUUCCUCCCGACCAGCAGAGGCUGAUCUUUGCUGGCAAACAGCUGGAAGAUGGCCGCACACUCUCCGACUACAACAUCCAGAAGGAGUCCACUCUCCACCUGGUCCUGCGUCUGAGGGGUGGUUUUUAAACUUUCUGCUUCGCUUACAACCUUUGAAGUAAACUUCACUGCACUUUGUUUCAAUAAAGCUGUUGGGAUUCCCGA